AUGGCGUUGACCAAUGGGAACCAGAAGAAAAAGAACCAUAGUCAGGGUUUUCUCGCUGAAAUUCAAAAUCUUGAGUUUUCAAUAAAAAACAUUGUUCCUUUUAUGGAAAUGAUAACAGGCUGCGAGGAUUUAGUAAAACAGAAGAAAGACCUUGAAAGUCAGCUUGAAAAGGCAAAAGCGGAAAGCACCGACGAGAGUCUACUAGAGUCACAACCUUCGGAAAUCAAGAAUAAUACGGAGCAGAGUCAGCAAAAAACCAUCAAUGAAUUGACCCAAAAAUUAAAGUUUCAGGGGGAAAAAAAUGAAUCCCUUGAAAGCAAGCUCGCAGACCAAAAAGUCAUUUCAUCUGGUUUUGAAGACUUCAGGUCUCUGGAAAAUGCUCUUCGAAGCUUGGCUGAAAAGUUCUUCAUGGAAUCUCUGAUGGCCUUGGAUGAAGAGAAGCCCCUAAUAAGUGACUGGCGUGUAAGGCAAACAGAGGUAAUGCAAAAUCGCGCACAUUUAUUGCCAUCGCUGGUAUCUGCAACGUACUCUUAUAGCCUGUCAGUAGAGUCAAUGAUCGCAGCUCGACUCUGUCAAGACAUAUUUACACCACUUUGUCUAGCAUCACUAACAAGUCGCAUGAGUAUGGGAGCAUUAAUCGAGAGAGCUGAUACUGUUGAACCUACUCAAAAGGCUAUUCUUCGCACGCUCCUUUUGAAUACUUUUGGUCAGGAAGAAGAAGAUACAUGGAGACAUAAUAUCAAGACAUUUGUCUCUGAUAUCACAGAGGAAAGAGGUCCAUGUUGGAUUACAGCAACUUCCCGGACAUCUGUUCAUAUGGAAAGCUGGAGGCCCAGGCAGUACUCUGGGGGUCCCACCAAAGCACAAAGCCCAAACUACCCACGCGUGGCUCUUUUCCCCUACAUAAUCAGUCACGGUGCUGAAGCUCCUUUAUAUGCUGGAUCUGCACUCUGGACCGAAAACUUGUGGCAUACAACUAUUAGAGCGCAACAGACGACCAAGCGUAUCAGCCCACCAGAAGACUCGUCCGACAAUGUCGAAUGUCCAGACGGACGGCUCGUUCCCUGGGCUGAAAACUCGACAAAUGGAGGGUUAGGGGAUAAUAGCUCCCAUGACAACUGCGUGAAGGUAAAUCCCUUGGAUGGGCACCACUACGGGAAAAAACGUGUCAAUGGCAAGUCGCGAUCUCGAUAA